AUGAGGCUAUUGAAGAAUUUUGCAGGCAAAAAGUCAUAUAGUGAUUUAAUACGAAAACUGGAUCUUUGUCAGCUUCACAAGGGAUCUGUCAUCCCUGAAAAGGGGGUGACAUGCAACAAUCGCAGCCGGUCAGCACCAAGUCCUUCCCAAGGUGCCUCCAGCCCAGGAGCAGGAGGAGCGCCUUCCCAGACCAAUGUGACCAGUAAUCGGAGGCUGCAGCAGACACAGGCGCAAGUGAAUGAGGUGGUAGACAUAAUGCGAGUCAAUGUGGACAAAGUACUAGAAAGAGACCAGAAACUUUCAGACCUUGAUAACCGGGCAGAUGCUUUGCAAGCUGGCGCCUCGCAAUUUGAAACAAGUGCAGCUAAGCUGAAGAGGAAACACUGGUGGAAAAACUGUAAGAUGAUGAUCAUCCUUGGUGUAGUAUGUGCAGCCAUUCUUAUCGUAAUUAUAAUUUAUUUCUGCACCUGAAAUACUAACGACCAAUGGCUUGGCGUGGCUUUGUUCAU